AUGGACCCAACAGACUCAACAUCACUGGCAUCUAGUAGUACUAAAUUCGUUCCCGAUUAUAGACGUACUAAUUUUAAAAACAAAGGCAGAUUUAGCGCUGAUGAAUUGCGUCGUCGUAGAGAUACUCAGCAAGUUGAGUUAAGAAAGGCUAAAAGAGAUGAAGUUUUAGCAAAAAGAAGAAAUUUUGUUUCCAACGGUGGAAGCACUUCCGAUAAUGAAUUGGAUGAUGAAAACAAUCUUAACAAUCUAAACGGUAAUGAUGAAAGCGAUUCUCAAUUUUUAAAACAAUUACAACAGGAAUUACCAUCUAUGAUCCAACAAAUUCAAUCUUCCAAUUUACAAGAACAACUAGCAGCCACUGUUAAGUUUAGGCAAAUUCUAUCUCGUGAGCAUCAUCCUCCAAUUGAUAUUGUCAUCCAAUCUGGUGUAGUUCCUACAUUGAUUACGUUUAUGCAAGAAAAUCAACCAGAAAUGUUACAGUUAGAAGCUGCUUGGGCCUUGACUAAUAUUGCCUCUGGUACUAGCGACCAAACUAAAGUUGUUGUUGAGGCCGGUGCGGUUCCCCUUUUCAUUAAUUUAUUAAAUUCUUCGAGCAUUGAAGUGAAAGAACAGGCUAUUUGGGCUUUAGGUAAUGUUGCUGGUGAUAGUACUAAUUAUAGAGAUUAUGUUUUGAAUUGUGGUGCAAUGCAACCUAUCUUAUCAUUAUUUGAUAUGAAUAGAACUUCUUUAAUUAGAACCGCCGCAUGGACUUUAUCUAAUCUAUGUAGAGGUAAAAAACCACAGCCUGACUGGAGUAUUGUUUCCCAAUCAUUACCAACUUUGGCUAAAUUAAUCUAUUCUUUAGACACUGAAACUUUGGUGGAUGCUUGUUGGGCUAUUUCUUACUUAAGUGAUGGUACUACUGAAUCCAUACAAGCUGUGAUUGAUGCUAGAAUUCCUAAAAGAUUGGUUGAGUUGCUAGAUCACCAAUCUACAUUGGUACAAACACCCGCUCUAAGAGCCGUUGGUAAUAUUGUCACUGGUAAUGAUUUGCAAACACAAGUUGUAAUUAAUUGCGGUGUUUUACCAGCUUUGAGAAAUUUAUUAGCCUCCACUAAAGAAAGUAUUAGAAAAGAAGCUUGUUGGACCAUAUCUAAUAUUACUGCUGGUAAUACCGAACAAAUUCAAGCUGUUAUUGAGUCCAAUUUAGUCCCACCUCUAGUAAAAUUAUUAGAAAACUCUGAAUAUAAAACCAAAAAGGAAGCUUGUUGGGCUAUUUCUAAUGCUUCUUCUGGUGGGCUACAAAAGCCAGAUAUAAUUCAUUACUUGGUUGCCCAGGGGUGUAUUAAGCCAUUAUGUGACUUGUUGGAGAUUGCCGAUAAUAAAAUUAAAGAGGUUACUUUAGAUGCAUUGGAAAAUAUUUUGAAAGUUGGCGAGGCUGAAAAAGAAGCUCGUGGUGCUCCAAUUAAUCAAUAUGCUGAAUUUAUCGAACGUGCAGGUGGCAUGGAAAAAAUUUUUGUUUGUCAAGAAGAUAGUAAUGAAAAAAUUUAUGAAAAGGCUUUCCAAAUUAUUGAGAAAUACUUUGGUGAGGAGGAAGAUACUGUUGAUGCCACCAUGGCGGCUCCUUCUAGUAACCAAAAUGCAUUCGGUUUUGGUUCGGGGGUUGGUGACCAACAAUUUAAUUUUAAUUGA